AUGCAAAGCACCACGGAGAAGGCGAAACCGAUGCUCCACGCGACCUCGUGCCUACAGCCGGCUUCCAGCAGCCGUAGCUUGACCCCAUAUUAUAAGAUAGCACGGACAUUGAAAAUGCGCUGCAGGAGGGGCAAGUAUUCUAGCGAGGCCACCAGCGCGAUAGCCGACAUGCUUGUGAAGAAGCGGUCCGGUUUCAUACCCGACGUAGGCACCCAGACGAACCAUGAGUAUCCUGCCGCCGCGUAUCCAUUGCCUAGCAUGGGCCAUCCGCCCAGGAAUAGCGCGAGCACAAGUAAGCAGGACCACAUUAUUGUAGCGAUCCAGCGCAUUGCGCCCUUUAGGCCUGGUAUCUUCUUCCGGGUAUGCCGCACAUCAGCGAGAAUCAUUCCCGCAAGGAAGAGGAUUUGCGGCCACAUGCCAAAGUAG